AGCAGUGCUAAAGGAGCCCGGCGGAGGCAGCGGUGGGUUUGGGACUGAGGCGCCGGAUCCGUGGUCGCGGCUGGGGACGUGCGCCGGAGCCACCAUCUUCGGCUGAAGGGGCCAUCGUGCCUGGAUCCUCCUGUUUACAAUGGCACAGAGGACCGGACUGGAAGAUCCAGAGAGGUAUCUCUUUGUGGACAGGGCUGUCAUCUACAACCCUGCCACCCAGGCCGACUGGACGGCUAAAAAGCUAGUGUGGAUUCCGUCUGAACGCCAUGGCUUCGAGGCCGCCAGCAUCAAGGAAGAGCGAGGCGAUGAAGUGAUGGUGGAGUUGGCGGAGAAUGGCAAGAAGGCAAUGGUCAGCAAGGACGACGUCCAGAAGAUGAACCCGCCCAAGUUUUCCAAGGUGGAGGACAUGGCCGAGUUGACGUGCUUGAACGAGGCGUCUGUUUUACAUAAUCUGAAGGAUCGUUACUAUUCAGGACUUAUCUAUACUUAUUCUGGACUCUUCUGUGUAGUCAUAAAUCCUUACAAGAAUCUCCCAAUUUACUCUGAGAAUAUUAUUGAAAUGUACAGAGGGAAGAAACGCCACGAGAUGCCUCCCCACAUCUAUGCUAUAUCUGAAUCUGCUUACAGAUGCAUGCUGCAAGAUCGUGAGGACCAGUCAAUUCUUUGCACGGGUGAAUCGGGUGCCGGGAAGACAGAAAACACUAAGAAAGUGAUUCAGUACCUUGCUCAUGUCGCUUCUUCACACAAAGGACGAAAGGACCAUAAUAUUCCUGGGGAACUUGAACGGCAGCUUUUGCAAGCAAAUCCAAUUCUGGAAUCCUUUGGAAAUGCGAAGACUGUGAAAAACGAUAACUCAUCUCGUUUUGGCAAGUUUAUUCGGAUCAACUUUGAUGUAACUGGCUAUAUCGUUGGGGCCAACAUUGAAACAUACCUUCUGGAAAAAUCUCGUGCUGUUCGUCAAGCAAAAGAUGAGCGUACUUUUCACAUCUUUUACCAGCUGUUAUCUGGAGCAGGAGAGCAUCUGAAGUCUGACCUGCUCCUUGAAGGAUUUAAUAACUACAGAUUUCUCUCCAAUGGCUAUAUUCCUAUUCCGGGACAGCAAGACAAAGAUAACUUUCAGGAGACAAUGGAAGCGAUGCAUAUAAUGGGCUUCUCUCACGAUGAGAUUCUGUCAAUGCUCAAGGUAGUCUCUUCGGUGCUGCAGUUUGGAAAUAUUUCUUUCAAAAAGGAACGAAACACUGAUCAAGCUUCCAUGCCGGAAAACACAGUUGCACAGAAACUCUGCCAUCUUCUCGGCAUGAACGUGAUGGAGUUUACUCGGGCUAUCCUCACUCCCCGGAUCAAGGUGGGCCGAGACUACGUGCAGAAAGCCCAGACCAAAGAGCAGGCAGACUUUGCAGUAGAAGCUUUGGCAAAAGCUACCUACGAGCGGCUCUUCCGCUGGCUGGUUCACCGUAUCAAUAAAGCUCUGGACCGGACCAAACGGCAAGGGGCGUCUUUCAUCGGAAUCCUGGAUAUCGCUGGAUUUGAGAUUUUUGAGCUGAACUCCUUCGAGCAGCUCUGCAUCAACUACACCAACGAGAAGCUGCAGCAGCUCUUCAACCACACCAUGUUCAUCCUGGAGCAGGAGGAGUACCAGCGCGAGGGCAUCGAGUGGAACUUCAUCGACUUCGGCCUCGACCUGCAGCCCUGCAUCGACCUCAUCGAGAGACCCGCUAACCCGCCUGGUGUGCUGGCCCUUCUGGAUGAAGAGUGCUGGUUUCCUAAAGCCACGGAUAAAACCUUUGUUGAAAAACUCGUUCAAGAGCAAGGGUCCCACUCCAAGUUUCAGAAGCCUCGUCAACUGAAAGACAAAGCCGACUUUUGCAUCAUACAUUACGCAGGGAAGGUGGACUACAAGGCCGACGAGUGGCUGAUGAAGAACAUGGACCCUCUGAACGACAACGUGGCCACCCUCCUGCACCAGUCCUCCGACAGGUUCGUCGCCGAGCUCUGGAAGGAUGUGGACCGGAUCGUGGGUCUGGACCAAGUCACGGGGAUGGCGGAGACGGCAUUCGGCUCCGCGUAUAAGACCAAGAAGGGCAUGUUUCGGACCGUCGGGCAGCUCUACAAAGAAUCCCUCACCAAGCUGAUGGCCACGCUCCGGAACACCAACCCCAACUUCGUGCGCUGCAUCAUCCCCAAUCACGAGAAGCGGGCUGGCAAACUGGAUCCGCACCUCGUGCUGGAUCAGCUUCGUUGCAAUGGUGUCCUGGAGGGGAUCAGAAUCUGUCGCCAGGGGUUCCCCAACCGGAUCGUUUUCCAGGAAUUCAGACAGAGAUAUGAGAUCCUAACUCCAAACGCUAUCCCUAAAGGUUUUAUGGAUGGCAAACAGGCUUGUGAACGAAUGAUCCGGGCUUUAGAAUUGGACCCAAACUUAUAUAGGAUUGGGCAGAGCAAGAUAUUUUUCAGAGCCGGCGUCCUGGCGCACUUGGAGGAGGAGAGAGAUUUAAAAAUCACCGACAUCAUCAUCUUCUUCCAGGCCGUCUGCAGAGGCUACCUGGCCAGAAAGGCCUUUGCUAAGAAGCAGCAGCAGCUGAGCGCCCUGAAGGUGCUGCAGCGGAACUGCGCCGCGUACCUGAAGCUGCGGCACUGGCAAUGGUGGCGCGUCUUCACCAAGGUGAAGCCGCUGCUCCAAGUGACUCGCCAGGAGGAGGAGCUUCAGGCCAAAGAUGAGGAGCUGUUGAAGGUGAAGGAGAAGCAGACGAAGGUGGAGGGGGAGCUGGAGGAGAUGGAGAGGAAGCACCAGCAGCUGCUGGAAGAGAAGAACAUCCUGGCGGAGCAGCUACAAGCAGAGACGGAGCUCUUCGCUGAAGCAGAAGAGAUGAGGGCAAGACUCGCUGCUAAAAAGCAGGAGUUAGAGGAGAUCCUCCAUGACUUGGAGUCCAGGGUUGAAGAGGAAGAAGAAAGAAACCAGAUCCUGCAGAAUGAAAAGAAAAAAAUGCAAGCACAUAUUCAGGACCUGGAGGAGCAGCUGGACGAGGAAGAGGGGGCCCGCCAGAAACUGCAGCUGGAAAAGGUGACGGCAGAGGCCAAAAUCAAGAAGAUGGAAGAGGAGAUUCUGCUUCUCGAGGAUCAAAAUUCCAAGUUUAUCAAAGAAAAGAAACUCAUGGAAGAUCGCAUUGCUGAGUGCUCCUCUCAGCUGGCUGAGGAGGAGGAAAAGGCCAAAAACUUGGCCAAAAUCAGGAACAAGCAAGAAGUGAUGAUCUCGGAUUUAGAAGAGCGCUUGAAGAAGGAGGAGAAGACCCGCCAGGAACUGGAAAAGGCCAAAAGGAAGCUGGACGGCGAGACCACGGACCUGCAGGACCAGAUCGCCGAGCUGCAGGCGCAGAUCGACGAGCUCAAGAUCCAGGUGGCCAAGAAAGAGGAGGAGCUGCAGGGCGCCCUGGCCAGGGGUGACGACGAGACGCUGCACAAGAACAACGCACUGAAGGUCGUGCGGGAGCUGCAAGCCCAGAUCGCUGAGCUUCAGGAAGACUUUGAAUCCGAGAAGGCGUCGCGGAACAAGGCGGAAAAGCAGAAGAGGGACUUGAGCGAGGAGCUGGAGGCUCUGAAGACAGAGCUGGAGGACACGCUGGACACCACGGCGGCUCAGCAGGAACUGCGGACAAAACGUGAACAGGAAGUGGCAGAGCUGAAGAAGGCUCUCGAAGAGGAAACCAAGAACCACGAGGCUCAGAUCCAGGACAUGAGGCAGCGGCACGCGGCGGCCCUGGAGGAGCUCUCGGAGCAGCUCGAACAGGCCAAGAGGUUCAAAGCGAACCUGGAGAAGAACAAACAGGGCCUGGAGACUGACAACAAGGAGCUGGCGUGCGAGGUGAAGGUGCUGCAGCAGGUCAAGGCCGAGUCCGAGCACAAGAGGAAGAAGCUGGAUGCCCAGGUCCAGGAGCUCCACGCCAAGGUCUCAGAAGGAGACAGACUCAGGGUCGAACUGGCUGAGAAAGCAAAUAAGUUACAGAAUGAACUGGAUAACGUCUCAACUCUUCUAGAAGAAGCAGAGAAGAAGGGGAUUAAGUUUGCUAAGGAUGCAGCUAGUCUUGAGUCUCAGCUCCAGGACACCCAGGAGCUUCUUCAGGAGGAGACACGCCAAAAACUGAACCUGAGCAGUCGAAUCCGGCAGCUGGAGGAGGAGAAGAACAGCCUUCAGGAACAGCAGGAGGAGGAGGAGGAAGCCAGGAAGAACCUAGAAAAGCAGGUGUUAGCCCUGCAGGCCCAGUUGACAGACACCAAGAAGAAAGUCGAUGAUGACGUGGGGACCAUUGAAAGUUUGGAAGAAGCCAAGAAGAAGCUCCUUAAAGACGCGGAGGCGCUGAGCCAGCGCCUGGAGGAAAAGGCUCUGGCCUACGACAAGCUGGAGAAGACCAAGAACCGCCUGCAGCAGGAGCUCGACGACCUGCUCGUGGACCUGGACCACCAGCGCCAGAUCGUCUCCAACUUGGAGAAGAAGCAGAAGAAGUUCGACCAGCUGCUGGCCGAAGAGAAGAACAUCUCUGCCCGCUACGCGGAGGAGCGAGACCGGGCUGAAGCGGAGGCCAGAGAGAAGGAAACCAAAGCGCUGUCCCUGGCCCGCGCCCUGGAGGAGGCCUUGGAGGCCAAGGACGAGUUCGAGCGGCAGAACAAGCAGCUGCGGGCCGACAUGGAGGACCUGAUGAGCUCCAAGGACGAUGUGGGCAAGAACGUUCAUGAACUUGAAAAAUCCAAACGGGCCCUGGAGCAGCAGGUGGAGGAAAUGAGGACGCAGCUGGAAGAGCUGGAAGAUGAGCUUCAGGCCACGGAAGAUGCCAAGCUUCGCCUGGAGGUCAACAUGCAGGCCAUGAAGGCCCAGUUUGAGAGGGACUUGCAAACCCGAGACGAGCAGAACGAGGAAAAGAAGCGGCUGCUGAUUAAACAGGUGCGGGAGCUCGAGGCAGAGCUGGAGGAUGAGCGCAAACAGCGAGCCCUUGCUGUCGCUUCAAAGAAGAAAAUGGAAAUAGACCUGAAGGACCUGGAAGCUCAAAUCGAGGCGGCGAACAAGGCUCGGGAUGAAGUGAUCAAGCAGCUUCGCAAACUUCAGGCUCAGAUGAAGGACUACCAACGUGAAUUAGAAGAAGCGCGUGCAUCCCGUGAUGAGAUUUUUGCUCAAUCCAAAGAGAGUGAAAAGAAAUUAAAGAGUCUGGAAGCAGAAAUUCUUCAAUUGCAGGAGGAACUUGCCUCGUCUGAGCGAGCCCGCCGACACGCCGAGCAGGAGAGAGACGAGCUGGCGGACGAGAUCGCCAACAGCGCCUCUGGCAAGUCUGCGCUGCUGGACGAGAAGCGGCGUCUGGAGGCGCGGAUCGCGCAGCUGGAGGAGGAGCUGGAAGAGGAGCAGAGCAACAUGGAGCUGCUCAACGACCGCUUCCGCAAGACCACGCUGCAGGUGGACACGCUGAACGCAGAGCUGGCGGCCGAGCGCAGCGCCGCCCAGAAGAGCGACAAUGCACGCCAGCAGCUGGAGCGGCAGAACAAGGAGCUGAAGGCCAAGCUGCAGGAGCUGGAGGGCGCUGUCAAGUCCAAGUUCAAGGCCACCAUCUCAGCCCUGGAAGCCAAGAUUGGGCAGCUGGAGGAGCAGCUUGAGCAGGAGGCCAAGGAAAGAGCAGCCGCCAACAAACUGGUCCGCCGCACCGAGAAGAAGCUGAAGGAGAUCUUCAUGCAGGUGGAAGACGAGCGCCGCCACGCAGACCAGUAUAAAGAACAGAUGGAAAAGGCCAACGCCAGGAUGAAGCAGCUCAAACGGCAGCUGGAGGAAGCGGAAGAAGAAGCCACACGUGCCAACGCGUCUCGGCGCAAACUCCAGCGGGAACUGGAUGAUGCCACCGAGGCCAACGAGGGCCUGAGCCGCGAGGUCAGCACCCUGAAGAACCGGCUGAGGCGAGGCGGCCCCAUCAGCUUCUCCUCCAGCCGCUCCGGCCGCCGCCAGCUGCACCUGGAGGGCGCGUCCCUGGAGCUCUCGGACGACGACACGGAAAGUAAGACCAGUGAUGUCAACGAGACGCAGCCGCCCCCGUCCGAGUAGGUCCGAGGACGAGGUGGAGGCGACGCAGCAGGACCCGCAGGAAGGCCGCGGCGCCCCUGCCCGGGGCCUCCCCCGCGAGCCGGGGGGCGGCGGACGCGGGAUGCCGGGCUGCGCCAUCAACGGUGUCUUAAGGCCUUGCAGCCUCCACAUGCUGUAUCCUGCUCCAGAUUUAGGUACAGUUGCUCCCCUUUUUAUAUAUAGACCUCACGCCGAACAUACACACAUUGAACAGGUCGUCUCAUCGCACCUAUUUUCCAUCUACCCAUCAAGAGACCAUUUUAUAAUACGCGUUAAGAGAACCCUUUUUCAGACAAACUCCAGACCCCGCCGCCAGUCGCGGGGUUGUUGGGGCGGCCCCGGGGCCGCUGCCCGGUCCUCUGCAUGCGCUGUCGUACGGACAGCUAACUUAGUUCUGUGUCCAUGUGGCCCCGGCCGCCUCAGCCACAUCAAGUCUCCUAGAACCUUGUGGAAUCUAAACUGCACUUGUAGCUCUCAUUUCCUUCCAGUACUGAUCACGAUUCCAGGGCGCCAACUGUGAAAGGGGCCUCGGGGAGAGCAGGCGGGGUGGGGGAAACGGCACCCGUGCCCCCUCCCUCGAGGCGCGGUGGCCGAGAUGCAGCGGGGGGCGGGCAGCCAGCGCUUGACCUCUGGGUGGCCUCCUUGAGGCCUCUGGCUUCGCCAGCCGUCGCUCUGCUUCCGGAGCAGAAGUGAGGGGACUUGCCUUGCCUCCUCCGGCGCCACCCAGGCUCUCAUGCUGACCUUGCAAAUUCAGCCGCUGCUUUGAGCCCAAAGUGGGAAUAUUGGUUUUGUGUCCAAGACUUGUUCCAAGUUUGUCAGUGAGGUUGACAGAACGUCGAGCGCAGAUGCCACCUGCCUGAGUGUUGACAUGCCAGUGGAUGUGACUCCUUUUUCGUUUCUCCUUUCCCUCCCCUUGGGACAGUGUUAGAGUGAACAUUUAGCAUCUGUUUUUGGUUGAUAGUUAAUCAAACUGACAUUACAGAAAGUGCCUUAGACACUACAGUACUAAGACAAUGUUAAAUCUAUGAUUUGCCUCUGUAACAGUUUAACGUAUUAAGUUUUGACUGUGCUCUUAUCAUGUACCUCUCCAGUCCAAGUGGUAUUAUAAACAUUCAGUGACAAUGAAUCAGUGUUCAUUAUAAAUCCUCCGCAACGUGCUUGAAAACACAAACCUUUUGGGUUGAGAGCUUUAACAUCCGGUAGGAAGAAUCUGUCACGUGGGUUUGGAAUCUUUGAUUUUCCCCUUUAUGAAUUGUACUGGCUGUUGACCACCAGACACCUGACUGCAAAUAUCUUUUCUUGUAUUCCCAUAUUUCUAGACAAUGAUUUUUGUAAGACAAUAAAUUUAUUCAUUAUAGAUA